CCAAGCAUCAGAUAGUACGUCUCCUCUUUGGUACUCGAUAAGGAGAGCUUCGGCACACAUCAUUAUCAUGUCUUCUUACUCUGCUUACGGUAAAUACACGCCUCAAUACAAAUGGGUCACAAACGAGCUACCCAAAGUUAACCGGAGUGAGACACCAUGGCUCAUUGUACUCAUGCAUUCUCCAAUUACAAAGUUGAUGUUGUCUUUGCUGGUCAUGUUCAUGCCUAUGAACGAUCCGAACGUGUAUCCAAUAUUGAAUACAAUGUUGUGAAUGGGUUGUGCACUCCAGUAAGUGACCACUCUGCUCCCAUUUACAUCACCAUUGGAGAUGGAGGAAAUCAAGAAGGAUUGGCAACCGAGAUGACAGAACCACAACCGAGGUACUCAGCUUAUCGAGAAGCCAGCUUUGGUCACGGCAUUUUUGAUAUUAAGAACAAGACUCAUGCUUAUUUCAGUUGGCAUCGAAAUCAAGAUGAAUAUGCUGUCGAAGCUGACUCUUUAUGGUUUCACAACAGAUACUGGAAAUUAUCAUCAGAACCCUCUGUAGCUGCAUUAUAGUAAGAGAAUUAUUCCUUUAGCAUUGUUCUCUAAGAUUAGAACCCGUCCACUCCAAUUAUAUACAUCCUAUGCAAUUUUUAUCCACUCUCAUUGUUUAUUGUCUUAUCGCUUAUUGGGCCAUGCACAUGGAUAUAAAGA